AUGGCAACCUCGUCGGAUGCGGCUGCGGCCGAUGUGACAAAACCGUUCGACAUCGUCGCAACGUACAAUGAGCUCCUCCGCUCCGACCCCGACCUCACCAUGCCCAUCGCGGCCAUUGAAGCUCUGGUGCUUCUGCUCACUCACUCGGCCUCGUCCACGAUAUCGGAAACUCUCGAUCUCUUGGAAAAGUCCACCGCCCACCUGAAGAAAGCCAUCCCGAACCCCAUCGGUCUCUCCGCCGGAACCGAUCUCUUUCAACGAUACCUGAUCACGACGUUACAACGGCCGGGGCAGCUGGGUCCUGCUGGAGACUUUAAGGCUAUCCGGACACAUCUUCUCUCGAAUGGGCGACUGUUCAUCCGUCGCGCCAAAGAGAGUCGACACAAAAUCGCGGCUUUCGGGCGAGGGUUUAUUCGCGACGGCAGCACGGUGCUUACAAACGGUGGCUCGCGAGCCGUCGCAUCACUACUGCAGAAAGCUGCAGAUGACGAGGGUGGACCGUCAGCAGUGCGAUUUCGCGUCAUCUACGUUCUUUCAUCGACCAGUCAAACCCUUGGACAGUCUUCUGAAGAGCCCGAAGGCAUGGAAACGGUUCGGGCUUUGAGAGAGAAGGGCGUUCCAGUUGCGACGAUCCCAGAGUCGGCGGUGGCAUAUGCCCUUGGGAAAGCGGAUAUGGUUAUUGUGGGUGCAGAGGGCGUCGUGGAGAAUGGCGGGAUUGUCUCGCGCAUGGGAACCUACCAGAUCGGCCUGCUCGCCAAGGCAAUUGGCAAACCAUUCUACGUAGUGGCGGAAAGCCACAAGUUCGUUCGACUGUAUCCCCUUGGCCAGUACGAUCUGCCCAUCGAGCAACGCGUCAUUGAGUUCCAGUCGGAGGAGGAUAUUGCCGAGGAAAACAAGCAACAAGCAGCCAAGACCGACGCAAACGCAGAGACUCCGAUUGAGCUGCCCCUCUGUGAUUCUGUGGAUUUCACUCCACCGCAUUUGAUUUCGGCGCUGAUUACGGAUAGCGGCGUUCUGACCCCCAGCGCCGUUAGUGAGGAGCUGAUCAAGAUCUGGUUUUGA